AUGAGAGCACAAAGUUCAAAAUACAGCGAUGGGGCGCAGUCGACCAUAAGCGAAACCGUUUUCACCAGAGGUCUCAACGAAGUUGCUGCCAUAACGUCGGCUUACUUCGACAUCGACAAAGAGGCCGUAAUUGAGUGUCUAAGUAAGAAUGAAGAUGUUGUUCGAGAAGCCCUCUUUGGCGCCGGCGCCACAGGUAACCCACUGGUUGCAAUAUUGGACGGCGAAGGAGAGAGCCCGUCGAUUACUCUCCAAAGAGGUUGGAAUGAUGCGAUUAGUGAUACUAAGACUGCAAUUGCUUUUAUCGCAGUAAAGAAAGGGGAGGACACUAAGGAUAAUCCCGACGGCGUCAGCUAUCACAUCUUUCCGUUUAUGUGGAAACCAGGUUUUUCAUCAGUCAACAUCGCUUUCAGAUUGUUAAAUGACGUCAUUAAUCCGCUGGUAGAGAACCUGAAAUACCGAGAGAGCGAAGACGAGAAAAGGCACGGAUACAUCAAUGAGGCUGCUAAUGGGGUAAACCGCCUCUGCAAUCUCUUUCUUCAAUUGGACUGCAGGUCGACUGUACGCUACGCCAAUUUUCAUGUGGGGACAUCACUCAGCAGAGUGGCAAUAUACAUGGGCAGAGAUGUGAAAAAUUGGAACAUUGAGAUCCCCACAGAGGUGAUGCUGGAAGACAUCAAAAACAAUGUGAUCGAAUGGUCAAUAGAGAUCGCACGCGUACUGGGUCUUUAUGCCAUUGCGAUGCAUGAAGAAUCAGAUUCUGAUGGAUCGAAAUCUUCAGACGAUGCAGAGGAAGACGACGGCUACAGCAUGACUUCCAGUGACCAGUCGUCGAUCCACUCGUCGCCGUCCAUACUAUCGGUCAUCGAAUUGGAAUCGAAUAAUACGGUUAGUGACAUGGAUAUCCACGACAUUCCCCAAAUCCCGACGUUCGUAAUACGGUCUGCGAGGUGCGGAAAACCCAUGAAUCUAAGGGAUGAGGUCAGCUUCUGGUUAAACUACGAAAACGCUCUCUUAGAUCUGCAAGAACAGAUUGCGUCAACCACUGUUCAAUAUACUCUAGGGCUUUUGGAAUUUAAUUCGGUGGAUAUAAACCGCAUAUACUGUUUUGCAGAUGCGGUGGAUGCAGCCUCAAAUCUGACUGAUCGUGUGGAGAACAUCAACAUACUCAUGAAGGUUUUCCCCGUAGACGAAUUGAGGUGCGCAAAUAGCAUGGGGCAACUGAAAGAAGGUAUAUACACGGUUUUGAAACAUUUAGAGAAGAUCAAGUAUGUGAGGUAUUACACCAAUCGUAAGAUCACCGAGAUGGUCAUGGGUCUAACGCAGGAUCUUUUGCAAUCGUGCUAUUUGCAAUUCCAUCAACACAUAAAGUCUGAACUGGCUGGUGAGCGACGCAAAAGUUUUCUUCAAUCAAUGGACGAGAUUAUCCACAUCUGGAAAAACGGGUUGACUCAGUUGAAACGUCAUCUGGAAAAAGAAAUGAGCGAUUUGCGUGCAUUUUCGACCGACGAAAGCCUGUCUAUGCUAUACGAUGCUCGGAAUGUUAUAAAUGAGUUCCAUUUGUGCCAGUCCCAGAAGGAAGCCGUUUCAAAUGAUGUCGAGAUCCUGCUGAACAUCAAAACGGCGUUUGAGCGUAUUCACGGAGAACGGCACACUGCGAGCACAAUGGGCACAGACAAUAUCAAAAAGGCUUCGGAUUUGUCGGUUGAAUUGUAUAAAUGCUUUUUGAUAAACGUCGACAGAAAGCUCGCAGAAAAUAGUGGAGAGAUAUUCGACUUUAACAUCAUACUGCCAUGUAUUGAUUCGUAUGUUCACGUGCUUAGGAAGGUUGAAAAGGUUCUCACAGAUAGCUUUUGUUGUUUCAUAGGCAGUGUCAGAGGACUUAACGGUAUACUGCAGUUGUUGCGUUCUGCUAAUAGGCUGUCCAUCUGCAACAACCCGUUAAUGACAUCACACGCUCUACUAAAUACGGUGAAUGUCAUAAGACAUGAAAUAGAAGCACUUGCCGCGGAAUUAGACCCCGAAAACAGCGCAGCAUUCUACAUGAAGUAUCUCUAUCUGGACGCUGCGGCAACUAGGACGAUCAACAUUGCUCGUAUAAGGGGCAAAUUAAAGGUAUUUGAAGAAGUCUUGAAUCUGAUGCGACCAUUGGUAGACGCUGGAUAUCUUAAAGUUGCUCAUGAUUGCCUUAGGGCGCUACCACUGCAAGACCUCGAGGUUUCUUUGAACAUUCCAUCACCACCUACUUUAUAUAUGCAGCAGAACAUUUUGAGGAUUGUGGAUGAUGAAGUUGAAAGCUCAAAGAAUCUUUUCUCGCUCAACACACCCUCUUGCUUUGACCAAACAAUUGAACACUUGUACAUGAACUGCCUUGCAGAUCCGUCGAAAGAUAUCUGCUUCACCACCUUGGAGUCUACUAUAUCGACUAUAGUGACUUUUCGAUUGACAUAUGAGGCCUUGGUCGAACUAGUCGAAGCGCAUCCGCACCUGGAGAAUUCCCCCGACAUCCCUGUACACUCAUUUGAAGACGAUUUGUAUGAGAUGUUGAAGAACAAGAAAUGGGAAGAUAUAUUAGAUCCCACGUAUUUUAGAGAAGCUGUCAAAUCUCUGAAUCACAUCUUCCUCAGGUUCUGUCAUCUGAUUGCAAGCGCAUCAUUUAAUGAUUCCAUGUUUGCAUAUACGCAUUCCUUUAAUGCAUAUGAGUAUUUCAGCACUGUAGUGGGAUAUAUAAGGCAACAAAAGGUAUUUUUUGAAACCCACGUAGGUCAUGACGUGAUUUCGUUUGUACCCCACCUUAUACGGCAAGUUAAGACAUCAACGAUUCACUGGCACAAUACGGCUGUGAAACGAUGGGUAUCAGAAAUAAGUGAUGCUGCAUUUGAUGAUCACGAAUAUUAUGUUCAAUUUGUAGAAGACGAGGAUAACGAUGAAAUAGUCAUGGAUCCACCUUGCGAGAAUAUUCGGCAAGAUUUGUACGACAAAUUAAAGAACUUCGUGGAUAUACCUACUGCAAUAGCUGAUGAAUUAAAGUCCUUGUUUCCGACUGAAAAGUUUAAGGAGUGGGAAGACACCAACGAUUAUUUAGCACCUGCCCAUGCGGCAAUCACUUCAAUAUUGACAAACCUACAGCAGCAGUUCAACAAUUAUAGGUUCUUUGAGCAGACAUGGCAAACCUAUUUCAAAUCAAAAAUCUAUGAGCAGACAGACAUUGACUCAAUCUUACAGGAGUUGGAUGAUGUGUUACGCAGUACUCUAAUUCAGACCCAGGCAUCAAUAGCACCUCUCCACAUAUCGUUAUCUGAUACUCUACGGCAGCGCAAACAAAAGAAUAUGCAAACUGCUGUCAUGAACGUCGUAUGUGAAAAUGCGCUGGACUCAGCUUUGCGGAUGACACAUGAGUUUCAUCAGAUUUCGGAAAUGAUGGGUCUGAGUAAUUCCGAUCAAUCAGCAAACGUAAGCCGUUCGGCAUCCGGAAGUUCAUCAACGACAGUAAGCACAACAGGCGUAACAGUCACGCAAGUAUCUUCGGAAGUUAACUUUGACUAUCCAUCAUUCACCUCUUUGUUGGACAGGUUAAAAGAGGAGCACUCUCGACUACCUGGUGCAAGGGAUGUUCUUGAAAGCUACAUCGAAAUAUGUCGCUUAAUGGGUGAAUUCCUGAAUCCCCUCUAUGGCAUCUUUACAGCCAAGUAUGAAAUCAUCACACAUGAAGCAGAAUGGGCCUCGUCUCUUCACCAAAUUAGAAAGAUAGAGCGCAUCUGCAGGAGUCGCAAUUGCCCCCUUCCGACAUCUUGGGUUUCUUGCCACAAGUUGAAAUCUUGUACUACGGACCUAGUGGCAUUCUCCAAUUCCAUAUCGAUCGAUUUUUCAAAUCAAAUUCAUCUAGACAUUUCGACAUUGUUUGAUAUAUAUGCGCAUAUUCAGGAUCUUAUGGAAGCGAAAUGGAAGAAAAUUCGAGAUAAAAUCGAAAAGGGUGUUAUAGAAUAUAACCAAAUCAUGGUUAUUCUAAAUGAAACAAGUGCGACAUGGGAACUUGUAUCCUCUCAGAUCCACGCUAUAGAGGGCAUCAUGAAAUUAACAUCUACGAAUCAUGACCUGACGUAUACGAAUUCAGACCUUACAAAGGCUGUAGACGAUGUCACUGAGUACACAACGCACUGGAAGAAUGCUGGAACACAUAUAUUCCAAUAUGAGAAGAUUUUAAACGCAUCUGCUAAUGAACACUCGAUUCCGAAAUUGAAGGUUGCGUUGGAAACAUCCAAAUUAGGUUUGUGUUCCUGUGGUCCGGUCGGGAAAGUGAUGGAAAAGCGGAUUAGUAUUUUAGAGCAGUUAUUGAAUGGCAGUGUCGGUUCUUUACUCAGUGAAGCGCAGUUUGUCGAACGUGUAAUAAGCGCCAUACGGGCAUCUAAUAAAAAACAACUUCCCAUGAUAGAGAAUAAUCUUAAAGUGAAAAAUUGGCUGGAAAUAUGUGAAGUAAUCUCCACAGACCUUUUUGAAAUAGUGAAGCUUUUCGAGUUUCAGAAAGUGGUUAAAGAAUACAUCAACACCACUAGAAAUAAUUGGAACCACACAGCAAUCAUGUGGAAGUAUGAAUGUAUCGAUUUCUGCGAAAAUGGUAACGACAAAACCCGUGAGGCAAAGCUAUGGAAAGUGAAGAAUUCGGACUCUAUCCUCUAUCAGAUCGACGAUUGCAUGACUUAUAUGAAUACUUACAUAAGCUCGAAAUAUGUAGAAGAUUUGGCAGACGAGUUGAAAGAGUGGAUGAACAAACUGUCAGAAACCCGUACUUUCGUAGAACAGUGGACGGAGGUGGAAAACAAGCUAUCGUAUCUAUGUACCAUUUUCUCAUCUACCAUAUUGCAGAAACAACUUCAUGAGCAGGCAGAAGCUCUUAAUCGCCUGCUGGAGAAUCAAGAGUCCCUAGUGGAUUCGGUGAAGUACCUAAUGGAUGCAAGGCACGCAUCGAAGGACCUAGAUAAAAUGCUCACCGUGAUAUAUGAUGUUGAGAAGGUGUUGAGGUGGUAUUUGGACGACCAGCGGUUUGUAUGUCCUCGAUACUUCUUCAUCCGUGAUGAAGAACUCUUCCAGAUUGUUGGUCAAGCCAAUGUAGAUCGAGUAAAGCAUAAUAUAUCUAAGAUGUUUUCGGGUAUUGCGGAGUUGCAUAUUGAAGAUGAUCGGAUAUGUGCCAUAGUAUCCAAAGAAUCAGAAAUUAUGGAGUUGGCGAAUCAUGUACCGCUCGCAAACAUGGAAACCAUCGAUCUGGUUUUAGCACUGGAGAAAGAAAUUAGAAACACACUACAACGUGAUAUUGUUUGCAGCGUAAAAGAAUUAGAAGGUAUAUAUUCCCUAAGUAGCUUCCGUCAUGAUUCUUACUUUAAGUGGGUGGAGGCCUAUUGUUCACAGGUUUUAAUAAUAUCGCUGUCGAUUGCGUGGAGUAAAAAGAUGGAAGCUAUGGCACGUGAUGAGGAUAUUGAAGAGCUGAUAACUUUGCUUACUGCGUUGAUUAAAAGUUCGUCAGUAACUGAAGGUUACAGCCCCGGUCUUGCACAAAAGAUGCAACAGGCCCUAAUCUUCCUAAUCUACCAGCUCCAAAAAACGCGUUCGUUGUAUAGAAUUGACUCCAACGCCCACAAGUGGCGAAGUUGCAUUCGUUACUACCUAAACGACGAUGGUUUGGUGGAACUGCGGGUCGCAUCUAGGGUAUAUCCCUACGGUUAUGAAUUUAUGGGUCAAGGCCCUAACUUGAUUCUCACAUCGCUUACUGAAAAGUGUUUCACAUCCAUCUCCGAUGGACUGGAGUCGAAUCUUAUAGGUAACCCGCAGGGGCCUGCAGGUACUGGGAAAACGGAGAGUGUGAAGGCGUUGGCCAUGCUGUGUGGCUACCCGUUUCUGGUGUUUAACUGCAGUGAUGAUUUUGACUCCAGUGCUAUGGAGCGCACCUUUGCUGGUUUGUGCCAACUUGGCGCCUGGGGCAUAUUCGAUGAGUUCAAUCGGCUGGCGGAGGGAGUGCUAUCUGGAGUAGCGGAAACGGUACAGCGCAUUGUUGUCUCCAAGAAAAAUGGCGCCGCUGAUAUUCAACUUGCUGGGAGGAACGUCCAACUGAAUAGUAACAUCGGCAUCUUCGUUACCAUCAAUCCGUGCUAUAUCAGUCGCAACAGUUUCCCUUUGAAUUUGAAAAUGCUUUGCAGGCCGAUAGUCAUGGAUAGAGUGGACUUGAGGCAGGUCAUAUACGUUUUGCUGCAAUUGAGUGGCAUAGAGGAGGCAUCAAACAUCGCAAAUGAUUUAUGUAACGUUCUGAAUUGCUGUGGCAUCUGUUUCACUGACGGCAUCUAUGAUUUCGGUCUAAGGUGUUCCAAAACUGUCAUCGACUACAUCCAUAAGCUCAUGAAAACAACCACUCCAAAUGAGAAUAUAGAUAUGGAUCAUUACGCCACUUUGAUUUUAGAAAAAGCUUUGGUAUCGCUUCUAUCCCCGCAAUUCCCAACAUGGGAUUCGACAAAGUUCGAAAUCAUUCUACGCUCCUGCCUCUUAGUUGGCAACACUGCAGCUUCGUCACCCAUACAUAUCCCUAAUAUGAGUGACAUGAGCUUUAUGAAGCUACUGGAAGAAAAGUAUGCAGAAGUACUGAAAGGCGAUUACAUUAAGAAGAAAGCACUGGAACUCUACCAUCUGUUGGGAACAUCCAAGGCAAUCGUACUGAACGGUCCCACUGGUUCUGGCAAAACUUUGUGCCUGACAGUAACGCUUGAAUUAAUUGAAGCGUUGGAUCAACAUACAUAUGAUGUUGUUCGUUUCGAUCCAAAUGCACUAGACACAGAUGAGUUAUAUGGUCAAUGUAUUAACGGCGAAUGGAGAGACGGACUUUUCACGUUUUUAAUGCGAAAAUACUCCAAUAGCGAGAAGAAUGUAAUUUUCAUAUUCGACGGCGAAAUAGCCGCCACAUGGGUGGAAAACAUGAACUCGGUUCUGGACGACAAUAUGGUACUGACACUGAGCAAUGGGAAUCGCAUCCAGCUCACGCCGAAUAUGAAAAUAUUAUUUGAAACGGAUUCACUCAAACGUAUAACUCCUGCGACUGUUUCUCGUUGUGUUUUGAUAAGGUUCGGACUGGAUGAUAGCCGGUACGACAUGAGAUGCUAUCCCGAGUAUUUUGAGCUCAUCGAAGAGGAGCUAAUUUUGUAUCGCUAUCAUGUGCUUAAUGCACUUCUCGAAAACUCUGAAGAUGAUAGCCCCAAUUUUAUAUUUUCGUUUGUAAAUGCUUUCGGGUGCCAUAUGGGAAUCAAUGGUUUUGAGGAACUAGUUAGUGCUGUAGACAGGGUCAGCAAGCUUCGUGGAGAAGGAAACAUUUCGUAUGCAGUAUCUGAAGACGCAAUUUUAGAGAAAUGUGGAAAAAGUAGAUUGGAAUACGUAAUCUCCAGAUUUAUAUACAGCUCGAUUUCGUUCGUUUUCAAUGGCCAUCGCGGUUAUGAUUUCAUCGGCCGGAUUAAGCAAUCCAUAGCAUCAUUUGAGCAGUAUACAAUUGUACAAAUGUAUCUAUCUAAAGGUUGUACAAGUUCAGCAAUACUGGAUGCGUUAUAUAAGCAUUCUGUAGUUACUCAAGAAAAUUCACAAUUCACGAUGUCACCAGUAGACCACACUGGAAGCAAUUCUAGAAUGUUGUUGUUGAUUAGAGAUCCGGAAUCCGUAGUCAUUGAAAGAUCUUUUGAUGCUACGGUUUACGCUCUUCUUCGCCAGAUUGUGGAAUAUAAGAGGUUUUACACCCGGAGGAAAGAUGCAGAUGAAUGGAUAACAAUACAUGUGAAAAAUGUAUCAAUUGUUAUCAUUACAAGCACUUCAGAACCGAGCAUGCUACCUCAGAGGUUGAGGCGUAUUAUGCCUGUCAUCAACAUCGAAAAUUUUGCAAGCGGGGACGAUGCAGCAGCUUCCCAUAUGCAUGUCGGUUUUGAAAAAGAAGUGGAUAAUAAUGUAUAUGAAGCCAAUAGAAUGCUGAAAUGUUACAAAACGCUAACAAACACGUUAGCGAAUACUGGAAAAUACUUGUCAGAUGGAGACAAUCGUCUCUUGGAAAGCGCUAUUCAGAGUAAGCAGGACUCUCGACAUUGGCAGCUAUUUUGGGCAAUGAUGAAUUAUAAAUAUGGAUUUUCUAUGGUUAAUAAUAACUGUACCUUUGUAAAUGCUGGUAACGACAUCGACAUAAAAAUUCCGUGGCUAUUUGAAACCGAUUUGAUUGCAAUUCAGGAUUUUAAAGAAAGGUGCCAUUUUAUGAAAAGCUUUUUCGACUCGGAGAUUAAGGUGCUUAGCAUAACUAAUGGAAAUAUGGCCAUCAGGGAAAAAGUUUGUCACUCAGUAUCGACGUGCAGCGGCCACAGGGUGGCCUCAUUGAACUCUGCAUUGUGGAAUAGUGGUAUGCAAGACAUUUUGCGAAACACCGGUUUGUAUUCGGAAAAGAUUUGCAUAUUCAUUGAUUGGGACGCGCUUGUUUUUCAGAGCCCAGAAAUGCUCCAUGCUCUGAAAAAUAUAAUAUUACAAGGUAAUUACACAGCACUGCUGACGACAGAAUGCGUAGAGCAGUUGCGCCGCGAUUUCGCAGACGCUGAUGAAGAUGUAGAAAGCUUUGAAUCGAGGCUUUUAGCCAAUAUACAGCGCAACCUGAAAUUCGUUUUCUCUGCGAGAUCGCCAACUUUUGAUCCGUCCAUCGUCGAUACGGGCGCAUACCUCCCAAUGCCUCGACUGUCCACACUAUUCAAGAAUACGAUGCAGGCGGCAAUUAUGCAGAUGAACACGCCAAUUUGUUUAAGCACCAUAUACGAUAUGUACAUCGGCUUGUGUCAAGGUCACGCCAACUUUUGCGAUUAUCUGAUUUUUGUAAAGUUUACCCAUGAUCGUUCAGAAAAGCGCAUGAUUAAACAUGAGAGCGAUUAUACGCACUUACGGACUGGAAUAGAAAAGAUUCAGAAGGCAAAAGAUGAAGUAUCAUCAAUGCGCGAUAUGCUAGACUCACGCCGUGAGUACUUGACUUCUAAAAACGUCGAAGCUGAAGACAAGGCAGUUCAGAUUAGGAAACUGCAGGCGGAAGCAUCGGUGAAGAAAAAAGAGGCGGAGGAGUUGAACCUGUCUCUGGAGGAAGAGCGUUCGCUUAUAAUGGACCGUAAUAACGAGGUCCAGCAACAACUUUCUCAGGUAACCCCGCUGAUUGAGCAGUCCCAGCGAGAGGUUGAGGCCAUCAACAGAAAAACUCUGGACGAACUUCGCUCAAUGAGUAACCCACCGCCAGUAAUAAAGGCAACGAUGGAAACUGUUGUCAUGCUGCUGACCAAUUCCACCAGCACGCACAUCGCGUGGGACGCCUGCCGAAAGUUUGUCAAGGCAUCAGACUUAAUUUCCAAGAUUCUGACCUUCGACGCAAAAACACUAGACCCGUUGACCUUCAGUAUAGUUAAGAAAAGGGUAACCGACGAUGGAUGGGAUGUUAACAGAAUCAACAAAGCUUCGAAGGCAGCUGGUCCACUGGCGAAAUGGGUGAUGUCGAUUAUCACAUACUCCGAAAUCGUCAUCCAGGUCGGACCACUGCUUGACGAAGUAAAACGUUUGAACACUUCGUAUGUCGAGAAUGAGACGAAGAUAUCACAGCAGGCGUCAAUCCUGGAGGACCUGGAGAAUGAUAUCACGCGAUACGAAAGCGAAUACUCGGGAUUGCUUUUGUCUAUCAAUAAAAUGCAAACAGAAAUUGAACAUACUUCGACAAGAAUCGAUAGGUCAGAAUCGUUGCUCAUGAGUUUGUCGGAAGAAGUGAACAAGUGGAAGGAGACCAUUCAAUCGCUUGAAUCCCGCGCACCUUGUCUCGAGGCAGAUGCUAUUUUGGAAUCGAGUAUGCUGGUGUUGUCCGGAAGCCUUGAUGAUUCGAAACGUGACAAAUUACACAGAGCCAUAACAAAUGUAUUGUCGAGCAGGGCUAUAUGUUACAGCUAUGAUUUCUCGUCCGUAUUGAACUUCGACCGUUGCAUAUUACAGGAGAACAUGCCAUACCGCAACAGCAUAUUAGUGGACGCUCCAGAUCUCCUCUAUCCUUCUAUAAUAGGAUGUACCUAUAAAACGGCGUCAGCCUGCGAUAACCAUUUUAUGGCAAUCCUCACUUCCAGCAGGGAAUGCAAAUUGACUCUCCUAAUAAAGGACAUCGUGCACGCAACAUUGGCUGUGAAGCGAGCAAUAUUUAAGGCAGUGCUUGGAAACGACUGCAGACAUGGCUUUCAUAUUCUCCUGCAAAUAUCUUCAUCCGACCUAAGACGCUGUCAGCACCCGGAAACCGAGGAUGAUCAUCUGCUUUUGAACAUAAGCGAAUUGUGCCUCAUAUUGCAUCUGAAACUAUCGCAUCGUAACUUCGAAUCAUACUGUACUGAUAUACUUACCCAAGAAAUCGAUCCCCAGCUUCACAAGGCGCAUGAGGACGUGACGGCAACAAUUGAUAAGUUGAAAACAGAUCUGAGAAAUACAGAGGAUGAGCUGCUCGAAUUUCUGGUGGACACAUCGGACAUACUUGAUGAAUCCACAUCUGUUUACCUUGAAGAAUAUAAGAAAAAGUGUGAGAGCUUGCAACGAUCCAUGGGUGAAUGCGCUAUCAUCGAGGAUCGUUUCAGGUGCUUGGUAUCCGAGCAUUCCGACUUUACAUCUUUUAUAUCGGCAACGUAUGUAUCCAUGAAACGAUUAGAAAGUUUAAAUAGCUUGUACAACUUUGACGUGUCCCUAUUGGUACAUGCUAUGAAACUGUCCUGCCUAACUGAAGAACGCAAGGUCACAUUUUUGAGGAACUUUUUCGGGUGGAUAAACCAAUCAAUAUUCUCCGAAGAUAGCAUUUUCUGGUGCUUUGAGGUGCUCCGUUUGUACAACGACCAUGUUGAAGAAAAUGACGACUUCAGACAAAUGGUGGACGACAUUUCGUCACCCAGUAUGGACCCAACAGCCAUGUUGAUGGCGAUGGAAGGCAUGAAAACGAAACAGCUGUUUCCCGAUGUUAAUGGCCUUUAUGGAUAUGAUACAAGCGUUUUUGCUCACUUCAACAUGAUCAUCAUAGUAACUAGUGGGUUGGAGGACCCCGCUGCGUUCGUAGAAGCAUACACUCGAUCACAAGGAUUCGAAUUGCGAACCCUGGCCAUGUGUACUCCUUCUGAGGCACCUAAAAUCGAAUUGGCAAUAGAGGAAUGUCUAUCCGAGGGAAGUUGGGUAUUGCUAAAGAACGCCCAUCUUGCACCGCACUGGUUCAAAAAAUUCGAAUCCCAGUUCCCACGCCAAAUAGAAGGCCCAAAGGUGUUCAUCACAUGGGAUAAUGCAAUGGAAUUGGACAUCACAAUACUGAUGCGCAGGUACCGCAUCAUUUACCAGGGAGCUGAAACGUUGCAAUCAACCCUGCACCAGCUGUACCAAAGGUUCAGUGAUGCGUUCGUAAGAGACGACAAAGUUAAGUACCACCUUAUGACAAAGUCUUUGCUUGUUCACGCUAUAGUGAUUUGUCGGCAACGGUAUGUACCCUUCGGUUGGACGAUGCGAUGCAUGUUUGACAACAACGAUUUGCUGUUGUCCAUAAAUGCAACCUUGGAGUUCCACAGAAACUUCCUCCACUACUUGAGUGACAUGUCCAAUAUCCAUACAGAGUUAUACGCCAACAACUUCUUGGUCAACGAAUGGCGCGAACGUAUUUUCUCUGUCUAUUGGCCAAAGCUAUCGACUGAAAUAGACGAGAAGAUCAUGUGGGAGAUUCUGGAGUUCACCGACCCUGCCUGUUAUCCCAUAGAACUGCCCGGGGAAGACCUUUCAGCAUGGAUUCAACAACUUCCGGGUGUGGCAAGAGCCUCUCUGAUAGGUUUACCGGACGGCGUGGACAAGAUCAUCUUAGAAUCUAGGUUCCGCCAGUUGCGCGCAUUCAACGACUUAACCACCGCCGAUGGAGCUCUUAUACAUCAUGAAGAUGUAUCGAUUUCCGAUUUUCCGGAGGCAGUCAUGGGAGAUGCAGAACCCCUUUUAGUUGCGGCGAUGCGUAAUCAGUGGCGUGAGAGUUGCAGCACGUACGGCCAAACUUUGAUCACCGCAGAGUUCAGGAAACUCGCGGAGUUUGAGACACGUACCAAGUCAAUUACAACGAGACUGCACAUCUUUUCAGACCCGACAAAACUGUUGGAACUCUUGCGGCUGCUAGUUUCGCGCUCGUCGGGAGUGAAGGCAGAAAUGCUGGAGCUCCUCGCUGCGCCGAUUGAAGUAUUUGAGGCUGAUACUCAGCCCCAGUCAACAUCGCACAGUUGCGAUUGCUUCCAAUCUAAAGAGACCCUCAUACUAGACAACUUGGAGCUAGUAGGCGCAUCCUAUGAUUUCUCUACAUCUACCCUUGCUGUUCCCGCCAAUGCGGACAUUGACGUUAGACAACGAAUGUGCGUCUGCCUGCAGUGGGUAAGUCAUUCAUGUAAUGACGCCGGCUACACUACUCUGCUCCCCGUAUACGAUUCGCAAAGGUUGGUUCUCCCAUCAUCAUCAUCAUAA